CACCGAAUAUCUGAAGUUGCUGUUUGCAAAUGAAGCAGCUCUACUAAAUAUGCAGGGUAAGGGUAAAGGUAAAAAUGAAGACGAAGAAUACAAUGCUUGGAAGGAAGCUUGGCAGCACAGAACAAAUUUAACUAAAAGAACGCAGAUUAUGCGCAGCCUCAAAAAGUACCGCUGCGCACCGUACAGUGCGACUUUCAAACGAUAUUUAAACUGGCCCAACCCUUUGCCGCCCCAGACGCAACAUCACACGGCAGCAUCAGACGACGAAAUGGACACCCCUCUUUUGGAAGAAGGAGAGUAUUUAGUAGAAGAGGAUGGAACCUCCCAUCCCUUAUUCCAGGUUACCCCUUAUUCUCCCCCUCAGGUGACGGAGGGAGAAGAAGAAGGAGUUGGAACCUAUUCCCACGCUACCCCUUAUUCUCCCCCUCAGGUGACGGAGGGAGAAGAAGAAGGAGUUGGAACCUAUUCCCACGCUACCCCUUAUUCUCCCCCUCAGGUGACGGAGGUUGGAAAUGAUCCCGAGGCAGAAAUGAUUUGUGUUCCGAAAGCUCGGCUUGCAAAACUGGAAGAGCAAGUCCGGACGCUUUCGGAACAAUUUUUGAAAAUUCUGCCCUCCACUCCUCCACUUCUGCCCUCCUCCUCCUCCUCCUCCUGCCCUGCUCCUCCACUCCACUCCUACAACGCAUCCGAAAUUCCUCAGGCAACCGAGGAACUCGUGUUGCCGCUCAAACGAUACGCCGAGUUCGACUGUAUUUGCACGAAAGCACAAAUAAGAAAGUUCGGAAGGCGUAUCGUUUGA